CCAGCUUGUCGCAGUUAAUAGUCACAGAUACGCCCAAACGGUACCCCGGAUUCCUACCCUUUUAUCGACUCAACCAACACGUUUAACUAGCUUGGGCUGCAAUUCAACUAUAUCUUCCAUCUAUCUUUCGCUUACGCCGUCCCUACCUAUCUCCACCAUGGCUGAUCCGGAGAGAGACCAAGCGCUCGAAGAUUACAAGAAGAGCUUACUGGAGCUCCGCGAAUGGGAGGCGAAGCUUAGGACUCUCCGUUUAGGUAUCAAGGAUUUGCAAAGAGAGUUUGACAUUUCUGAAGAGAACAUCAAGGCCCUGCAAAGUGUUGGCCAGAUCAUCGGAGAAGUGUUGAAGCAACUGGACGAGGAACGAUUCAUCGUCAAGGCAUCAUCCGGACCCCGAUAUGUUGUUGGUUGCCGUUCCAAGGUCGACAAGGCCAAGCUCAGACAAGGAACCCGUGUCGCUCUCGAUAUGACAACACUUACAAUUAUGCGCAUGCUACCGCGUGAGGUUGACCCGAUGGUUUACAACAUGUCUCUGGAGGACCCCGGCCAAAUCAACUUUGCAGGAAUCGGUGGUUUGAACGACCAGAUCAGAGAGUUGCGAGAAGUGAUUGAGUUGCCCUUGAAGAACCCCGAACUUUUCCAGAGAGUAGGUAUCAAAUCACCUAAGGGUGUACUACUCUAUGGACCUCCAGGAACCGGAAAGACAUUGUUGGCGCGGGCAGUGGCAAGUUCGUUGGAGACCAACUUCCUGAAGGUCGUGUCUUCCGCUAUCGUCGACAAGUACAUCGGUGAAUCCGCACGGUUAAUAAGAGAAAUGUUCGGUUAUGCCAAGGAACAUGAGCCUUGUAUUAUUUUUAUGGACGAAAUCGACGCUAUCGGCGGUAGACGAUUUUCGGAGGGUACCUCUGCAGACCGUGAAAUUCAGCGGACACUGAUGGAACUUCUGAAUCAGCUGGAUGGUUUUGACUACCUUGGAAAGACCAAGAUCAUCAUGGCCACCAACCGACCCGAUACCCUUGACCCUGCCCUGCUACGUGCGGGUCGUCUGGACCGGAAGAUCGAGAUUCCGCUGCCCAACGAGGUUGGCCGUAUGGAGAUUUUGAAGAUUCAUGCCAGCUCGACCAAGUUGGAAGGCGAUAUUGACUUUGAGAGCGUUGUGAAGAUGAGUGACGGACUCAACGGAGCCGAUCUUCGCAAUGUUGUUACAGAAGCUGGUUUGUUUGCGAUCAAAGACUACCGGGAGGCGAUCAGCCAGGACGACUUUAACAGAGCCGUCCGUAAGGUCGCCGAGGCGAAGAAGUUGGAAGGAAAACUGGAGUAUCAGAAGCUGUAGAUCGGCCUUAUCAUUAUUGCAUGUUUUCGUUCUUCUUACGAAUGAUCAUGUCCUAGUAUCCCUACCAUCUAUCACUGAAAAGUGUUAAUGUCAACCCGAAUAUAACCAGCAUUGGUAUUCAAGCCAUCGUAGUGCUGCAUAGCAGAUCUGCCGGUUGGUAGUAUAUUUCGCAUAUG